AUGAGGGCACAUGACCAGAACGCCCAGCCACCCCCGGACCCAAGGGGCAGAGCCAACAGAGCACCCAGUCCCCGAAGCCCGGCACCAGACAGCAGCCACAACCAGGUGAACCGAGACCACUGGGCCAGCCGGGCAGUUAAGCAGACCCCACGAUGCACCACCCCGCCCACUACCAUGCCCAAGGGAAAGAUGCCGGCCCAGCAAGCCAAAGGGUGCCACAGAAAGGCCCCAGCACAUGGAGCAAAGAGGUCACACCCCCAUGCAGGGACGCAGACCCACGUACAUCCAGGAACCAUCCAGCAAACGAGCAUACCCCACUCCAGUACGAGGCCGAGAAGCCCGACACAAAAAGCAAGAGAGCCCACAGUGCCAAAACCAAAACCCAUCCGGAAGCCAAGACCAAUCCACCCCGAGACCAACCCCGGCAAGCCCGCACACUUGAACCAUGCAGACCCCUCCAAACCCCCUCCCCCAGACAGAAAAGGGACCGGCGUCAGUAACCGGAACCAAGACAAGGAACCAGAAACCGAGCCGGAACCACCCAAGACCAAACAACGCCCCCAACCAUCCAAGGCCAACCACCCAUCCCCACCCCAGGAGGAAACCUACACCCACCCCAGCAUUCGAACAACUCCCAGAGCACAUAAGACAUUGGAUACCCAGGUUGACCCCGCCCCACCCCCUCCCACAGACCCAGCAGAAUGUGCUCCUUGA